GCCUUUCACACUAUACACCCUCACCAGAGGUGGCCAGCUAUAGGGUGAUGAGCCCUAAGCUUGCGUCCCAUGCCCAAUUAGUCAUGAGAGUCGCUUUGGUGUUAAAUGGAUGACAUCUCAUGAACCUAUGUAUGGCAGCCUAAGCUUGUUACUUGGGGGCCCAGCAGGGGGCAUUCCUCUUCAUCCAAUGCCACUGGCUACUUCUCUCCACUGCCUCUGAUGCAGCUUUGAUAGCUGCGCGCUGGCUCUGUCCCCUAAUUCCCAGGUCUCUCAGCAGUUUGAUGGUAGAUGUUGCCACAAACCCUCUGCAUCCAACUUCCACUGGGCGAACUUCCAUGGUCCAGCCGCGAUGUUGCGCUUCAGCAGCUAACUCAGCAUAGUGUAGAUAUUUCCGCUUGUAUGCCUCAUCCAUGGAAUCCUCCUAGGGUACGGUGAGCUCCAUAAUGUAACCCUUCCUUAAGGAAGGGGACCAGAGCACCAUGUCAGGUCUCAAGGUAGUAGUGGCAAUCUCCGGAGGAAACCCCAACUGUUGGCCAAUAUCUACCAGCAGUUUCCGGUCACGUGCUAAGCACAGCUGACUUCUCUCCGAUGGUGUGGAGUUGCUCCUGGUAACUGUAGCACCUUCUUGGACAAAUGGAUGGAUGAUUAGAUAUUGGUGACGAAAGGGCAUUGAUGAGAGAUCAUUUUUCCUCCAUUGUGGACGCAAGGCUCUUUAGGACCUGGUUGUGGCGGCAAGUGUAUCGCCCUUGGGUGAGACUGGUCUUACACCCCGUGAGUAUAUGCCGGAGGGAGGUUGGCCUGGAGCAAAGGGCACACCCUGGAUCUUCACCAAUCCACUGAUGGAGAUUGGUUGGUGUUGGCAGGACGUCAUAAUGGAAUAGAAAAGGGUCUUCACAAGCUGUUGAUACAAAAUUGGAAGUGGACAAUUGUCUAAGAUGUCAUUGUCUGCUGUAGGAUUAAGAGAACCCUUCACUGGAACCAAAGGCUCCAGCCCAAACCCUGACAGCAUUCCAACUUUGAACAAACUUGACAGUAGGCACUAUGCAGUCCAGACGGUAAUCUUCUCCUGCCAUCUGCCAAACCCAGAUUGGUCCAUCAGACCAGCAGAUAGUGAAGACAACUCCAGAGAACACAUUUUCACAGCAUCACCAUCCAAAAGUGGGCAAUGUGCCUUAAGACCACUCCAGCCGAUGCUUGGCAUUGUAGGUAAUGAUCCUAGGCUUGGCUGUGAAGCUCCUGAUGCACAGUUCUUGUGCUAAUGUUGCUUCCAGAGGCAGUUUGCCACUUGGUUGUGAGUGGUGCCCCACACAGGAUUGGCCAUUUUUACAUGCAUCAGCACUCAGUGGCCACACUUUGUGAGAUUCAUGGUGUAUCACUUGAUGGCUGAGCUGCUGUUGCUCCUUUGAUGCCACCACUUCACAAUAAUAGCAGUGACAGUUGACCAGGGGGAAGAUCUAACAGAACAGAAGUUUCAAGUAUCGACCUGUGGCAAAGGUGGCAUCCUGUGACAGGCCCGUGUUUAAAGUCACUAAGCUCUUCAGUUCGACUCGAUGUUUGUUAAUGGAGAUUGCAUGGAUAUCUACUGAAUUCAUGCCCCUGUUAAAAAUGAAGCACCUGAGGGAUGUCCACAUACUUUUGGCCAUGAAUUGUAGCUGUUUGUAUCCCCACCACUAAGUUCCAGCCUUUAUUUGAGAAAUUUGCUUUAUUAUCUGGGCUUCAGUUGUAGAAAAAUAGAAACAAUUGGAAUGAAUCUGUAAAGCAGUGUGGGAUGAUAUACACAUACAUUCUUAUUAGCUGCGCUGCGCAUCUAAGAUGGGUUGAAAUCUAAAUAAUCAACAUAGACCUCAGUGUUAAUAUUUGCAGUGCACCAUCUAUUGGAAUUAUUUUGUAAUCCUUGUAGUAAUAAAAUGCACCGCAUUUACCAUUCCAACAAAGGGCACAUCACAAAUAGUUGUAAUAAAAUGAAUAACUAUAAAUGUUUGUGAUACACCAUCUGCUGGAAUGACAAAUUCAUUCCACAUGUCUCUGUUGUAUGCCAUUUGGUAUGGGAUUUGUAAAAGCAGUGUUAAUGUUUGUGAAGUGCCAUCUCUUGGUAAGACAAUUUCAAUGCAUUUUAUUACUGCCAAUGUUUGUGAUGCACCAUCUGUUGGAAUGACAAAUGUGUUGCAUAUGUCUUUGUUAUAUGCCAUUUGGUAUGGGAUUUAUAAAAGCAGCAUUAAUGUUUGUGAAGCACCAUCUCUUGGUAAGACAAUUGCAAUGCAUGUUAUUACUGCCAAUGUUUGUGAUGCAUCAUCUGUUGGAAUGACAAAUGCAUUGCAUAUGUCUCUUUUAUAUGCCAUUUGGUAUUGGAUUUGUAAAAGUAGUGUUAAUGUUUGUGAAGCGCCAUCUGUUGGAAAGAUAAUUGAAGUGCAUUUUAUUGCUGUAAAUGUUUGUGAUGCACCUUCUGUUGGAAUGACAAAUGCUUUGCACAGGUCUCUUUUAUAUGCCAUUUGGUAUGGGAUUUGUAAAAGCAGUGUUAAUGUUUGUGAAGCACCAUCUCUUGGUAAGACAAUUGCAAUGCAUGUUAUUACUGCCAAUGUUUGUGAUGCAUCAUCUGUUGGAAUGACAAAUGCAUUGCAUAUGUCUCUUUUAUAUGCCAUUUGGUAUUGGAUUUGUAAAAGCAGUGUUAAUGUUUGUGAAGCGCCAUCUGUUGGAAAGAUAAUUGAAGUGCAUUUUAUUGCUCUAAAUGUUUGUGAUGCACCUUCUGUUGGAAUGAAAAAUGCUUUGCACAGGUCUCUUUUAUAUGCCAUUUGGUAUGGGAUUUGUAAAAGCAGUGUUAAUGUUUGUGAAGCACCAUCUCUUGGUAAGACAAUUGCAAUGCAUGUUAUUACUGCCAAUGUUUGUGAUGCACCAUCUGUUGGAAUGACAAAUGCAUUGCAUAUGUCUCUUUUAUAUGCCAUUUGGUAUUGGAUUUGUAAAAGUAGUGUUAAUGUUUGUGAAGCGCCAUCUGUUGGAAAGAUAAUUGAAGUGCAUGUUUGUGAUGCAGCAUCUGUUGGAAUGACAAAUGCAUUGCAUAUGUCUCUUUUAUAUGCCAUUUGGUAUUGGAUUUGUAAAAGUAGUGUUAAUGUUUGUGAAGCGCCAUCUGUUGGAAAGAUAAUUGAAGUGCAUUUUAUUGCUCUAAAUGUUUGUGAUGCACCUUCUGUUGGAAUGACAAAUGCUUUGCACAGGUCUCUUUUAUAUGCCAUUUGGUAUGGGAUUUGUAAAAGCAGUUGUUAAUGUUUGUGAAGCGCCAUCUGUUGGAAAGAUAAUUGAAGUGCAUUUUAUUGCUGUAAAUGUUUGUGAUGCACCUUCUGUUGGAAUGACAAAUGCUUUGCACAGGUCUCUUUUAUAUGCCAUUUGGUAUGGGAUUUGUAAAAGCGGUGUUAAUGUUUGUGAAGCACCAUCUACUGAAAAGAUAAUUGAAAUGCAUUAUAUUGCUGCAAAUGUUUGUGAUGCACCAUCUGUUGGAAUGACAAAUGCAUUGCAUAUGUCUCUUUUAAAUUUCAUUUAGUAUGGGAUUUGUAAAAGCAGUGUUAAUGUUUGUGAUGCGCCACUUUUUAGAAUGACACAGACAUAGUAAAUCGAUGGAUGCACAGACACUUAUUCUUUUAUUAAGGUGGAUGACAGUGCCCAUGAAAGAAUACAACAAAGUUUCACUAAAUUAACACACCUUUAUCAUAGCCAGGAUAGCUUAGACAUUGGACUGCUACAUACAAGACGUCCAGGUCAAUCCCACUACCAAUCUGCUGGAUGCUCUCAUUGAUUUAAGGUGACUGCAAAUAACCUUGGAAUGUGUUUUCACUGUAGAUUACAUUUUACAUGGGUCUGCACAGUGAACAAGCACUAAAUUAAAUGAAGAUUCACUAAAUCAAACUGCCCCCAGAAUGGGAAAAAUUGUAAGGGGGUUAACACUUUUUAUAGGCACAGUAAAUCAGUUUACUGUCAUUCAGGAUAAUAGGGAUCUGAAGUCUAAACUGUAAAUCACUGGGUGCAAGGCAGAGACUAAUCUGGAGGGGGCGUCAGGACUACAAACAUCUCUCCAUCAAUUAUCAAUUCCACUUAAGCCAAUCUGUUCUCAUUAGGAGAUGGAAGGUCACUGGUGCAAGACAGACGCCAACCUGGAGGGGGCGCCAGGAUGACAAUGGUAGCCAGUCCUGACUGAUUCCAGUUUUUCACGUUUGUCAAUUUUUCACUUUCAUGACAGACAACAGAAAACUGAAAUAUUUAAUAAAAUCAGGAGAACACGUAUUUAUUGACAUAUUUAAAAAAAUGACAUCAAUAUAUAAGAAUUUUACAAAAAAAAAUAACUCAGCAAAUGUGUAUUUCUUAGAAUUAUACAAAUUGAAAUUUACAGAAUAAUAAAAGGAAGGGACCUGCAGGUUUGAUGAAUGUGCUACACAUUUUUCAGUAAUGAUGCUACACAAAUAGUAGUCUGGAGACAAUGCUUUGCGUGUUUGUGUGUGCGUUGGGAAGUUUUCUGGCUUGACAUUAUUUAAACAGAUUUGUAUUUUUUUAUGAAUGUCACUUGAAUGCCUAAAUUCAUAAGCGAUAUACCAUUUUGGAUGUAGUGGUUUUCCAAGGUGCUUUGAACCCGACACUCCAACCUGCUGUUUCCGAAUACAUUUCUGGCUGCACGAUGCCUUUAACAAGAAUAAAAAACAA